AUGCCCAACACAUGCAGCGCCGCGGAAUUUCCCUUCCCGCCCCUUUGGGACGACGCUCGAGGUUAUCGUGGUGUACAAAGCGCGUGCAACUUUAGUCCUCGGGUACGCGAUGUGACUGCAAGGGUACGGGUGGAUGUUGGUUGUGGAUCGCUGGUGGAGGAAAGAUCUCGGGGUGGGGGGAUUUGUGGAUGA